CUGAAGGCUGCCUGUCACAUUCCACCAACGGUCCCCGAGAUUACUGCGACCAGCGCGCCGCCGACGAGCCACGACAACAGCGUUAACGACGAGGCCGUGGUGUUCAAGAUGAUUACGCUGCCGUGUAACUAUCGACCAGAGACGGGCCGCGAGCUGAGGUGAGGCGGCGGCGCUGCGGUUUGACUCCCUAACGGUUACGCUCUCACACACGAACAAAGAUGUCGGAGGAGAUGGUCAGCUUGUUCGAGCUGUUGAAUUUAGCUAUCGGGACGCCGCAGAAGGGCGCCGUCAACUUCAGCGCCCUGCACGCGCUGCUCCACGCCGUGCUGCGGCAGCUGGACGUCCAGGAGACGCCGUGGAGCGACGGGCCGGGCGGCGGAGAGGAGGAGGGGGGGGAGGAGCAGCGGACGCCCGGCCAGAGGGACGUGUCCCCGGGGCAGCAGCAGCCACAGGAGCCGGGACCCGCCGCGUCCUCCUCCAUCCCCACCCGUGAGGACGGCGUGGCUCAGGAGGAGAUGAAGGAGGAGAUAAAGGAGGAGAUAAAGGAGGAGAUGAAGGAGGAGAUAAAGGAGGAGAUGAAGGAGUUCUACCACCAACAGCAGGUUGCAGCGGAGCCGUCCUCCGAUGUGGAGCAGUGCUGCCACCGUGUGGACGCUCUGGAGCAGUCAGUGAGGUCUCUGACGGACGCGUUGCAGAGGUGCCCAGACCCCGAGGAGCUGAGUCGGUGUGUGACCUGGGACGCCCUGGAGGCCACGCUGCUCUGCUGCAGAGAAAGAGUGCCCAAGGUGAUGGGCGACCAACUGCCCCACGCUGUGCAGGACGCCAGCCGGCCAGCAGCUCCGACCGGUUCUGGACUGGUUUCCAUGGAGAACGGGUCGCCGAUGCAGACCGGUCCAACGACAGGCCUGCCGGCUGCCGGCGUCUCGGCGCGCUACUCGGAGACGCUGGAGGCCCUGAGGGCCCUCGGCCAGCUGGAAGCUCGUGUUGCUCCGCUGGAGGAAGAAGGGAAGGCGGAGCAGUCCCGGAUGGAUCGACUCACAGAGCGCAUCGCUAACAAGAGCUCGCGGGACGCGUCCAGCGCCCUGAUGGAUCAGCUGGACCAGCAGAGAGCUUUGAUCGACGGCCUGCUGAGUGAUCGAGACAAGCGGGACGGUCCGGAGGGCAUGAAGCGAACCAGCCCGGACCAAGAGUGCAGGUCGGGGGCUCCAGGGAGCCGGGAGUCAGACAGCAGAGCCUCUCAGGAGCUCCGGCAGCAGGUGUCCUCCCUCAGGAAGUCUGUGAAGAAGCUGGAGGACGACGUGAAGCAGCUGAAGGCCACGCAGGAGAGAACCUCAGACGGAGACCUCCAAGACCAGCUGGACGACCUGCGGCCCGUGCUGGAGGACACGAUGCGCUCCGUGACCUCUCAGCUGUCCGAGAGACCGGACCUCGAUAACGAGGGGGCGGUGCACACGGGCGAGAAGCUCAGCCAGCUGUACGAGCACUAUGAGCAGCUGCAGGACACUGUGAGCAGCCUCCCGGAGCAGCAGAGCGGAGGCCCAGCAGGGCUGCCGGACCCAGAGAACCAGGAGCUGGUGGACGGCGUGCAGAAGGCGAUCCUGCAGCUUCAGGCCGAGUGUGAAAAGCUGCAUGAAACCACCAGAAGUCUGACGGACGACAGCAGAGAGAGGCGGAGCCACAUCGAGGAGCUGUUCAAGAUGACGGAGGAUCUGGAGGAGAAGAAAGCCGACAAGCAGCUGGUCGAGAGCGGAAUCCAAGCAGAAAAAAGCGCUCUGGAGAGCAAAGUGAGCCGUCUGCAGUUCGACUCGGUGACUGAGCAGCUGAACGCCAUGUUCCACGAGCUGCUGAGCAGAGUGACGGGUCAGGAGCAGGACUGGAGCAAGGUCAUCGACCGGCUCUCCACCGAGAUGGAACGCAAGUUGAACAGGAUGGAGUUGGACUCUGUGAAGAAGCAGCUGGAGCAUCGAUGGAAGAACAUCCAACAGAAGCUGCAGGCUCAAGGAGCUCCAGAGCAGGAGGAUGCUGCUGGGAUCAGGAAACAGCUGGUGGACCGGUUCCACUGCCUCUCCUGUGACCGGCCGGUCGUCAUGCACGCCCACGGCCCGCAUCUGGUGAAGCUGCCGUCCUCUCCUGGAUUCCCGUCUCACAAGUCCAUCAGGCCGUUCACCGUUUACGCUCUGGAGCAGUUCAGGCAGCACUACAGGAGCCUGAAACCAGGAACCAGCCACCUCAACUACGAGGUCGCCAUCAGGAGACGGGAGCAGCUCCAGAGGAGCCACGCUGUGAUGUGCAGACAGAUAGAGAGCACGCAGAGGACUCCGAGACCAGGGGACCAGCCCGCCAGGGCAGACCUGGUCCAGAACCAGAACCAGAUCCAGACAAGGACCCUGCACGACCGGGUCUCUGAGGGGACGGACUACGGCCACCUGGCCGUGCCGCGCAGCUGUGGGGGGAUUCACACCGUCACCAGCCAGCGGCGCCCCAUGAAGCACCACGCACAGGUGGAGGGGGACCCGGGAGUCCAGUCAGAGGAGGUGGAUAUCUUCGGACUGGACGGGCACAUUUACAAGGGGCGCCUGAACGCACCGGCCAGAAAUACAGAAACUAAACUACCUACAAUUUCUACCAAAGAUGGCAAAACUAAAGACAAGGCCAAGUGCUCUCUGCUCUACAAACCCAACACUUCUCCAGAGGUUCAUCACACACUCAGCGGGAAGAGUGUUCAGAGCAGCCGCUCAGCCUCCAGCAGCUCGGGGAGGGACUGGCCCGUAUCGGCUCUGGGCUCCGUCACUCCGGCUUCCGCUGCAGCGGAGCCCCAGGACCUGUAGGGGGCGCCACUGCCUCCUGCCUGUCAUGUGUAGUAAAGAAGGUAACGCUGCGUUUGUCCUGUCGUUCUUUCAUGUGAAGUCCAGUGCUUUAAAUAUUAUAAUAAUAAUUAAACUGGAGACAGUAUUAAAUACUUCUGAACCCUUUGCACACCAUAAGUCUGCUGUUGUUACAUAUCUCAUGUUUAAGUCCGUCUCUUAAUACAGUCUGACUUCCUGUCUGUCUCAGCUCCGACCUCAUUGGUUCCUACUGAAGAUAACUUUAAAAACACAAAUGUAUAGUUUCAUCUUUAAACUUCAUGUUAAAGUUUAAUUCUUUUGUAGUUUUUAUCAAACAAAGAUGAGGAUGUUCAUCUCUAGUGUGUGUGUGUGUGUGUGUGUGUGUGUGUGUGUGUGAGAGAGAGAGAGAGAGUCACAAUAAACUAGAGUGAUGAUGAUGAAGGAACAACAGUAAUGUGUUUUAAUGGAGUACUAGAGUCAGAAUACACUUUAGUGUAAUUCUUAUCAAUUAUAUUUACUGGAACUCUCGCGUGUGUUUAACUGUGUGGCGGGAGGUCAUGACCCCGUGUUGCAUCAUGGUAGGGGAACUUCCUGUUGCACAGAAACAUCCAAACAGGAAGGACACGCUGACGCUUUACUUUGAAGUGCUCCGGAUCACUUCCUGUCAUGUGGUUAACGUGGUUGGUACUGUAUUGAGAAUCCUACUUAAUUAUCACAAGUAUUCUCAGCUCCAUGCAGUAAAAGUACUGCAGUAUUAUAUAGAAUACUUUAGUAUUGUUGUUUUACAUGAGUACGAUUUUGAAUGCAGGAGUAUUUGUACAUUAAAGUGCAGGUACUUUUACUUCAGUAAUGGCUCUUUAA